AUACAACGACAACCGAGUCGGAGAGAGUACAACGGAGAUACGGAAACGUGAAAAAGACCAAUUUCUGCGACGCAUCUGCGAUCUAACGAUUAACGGUAAACAGCUCUCUCCCCCAACAGUCCUUGAGGCAAAAUCCUCUGAAACUCCGCACUCACACAAAACCCUAGUGGUGGAAGAGGAUUCAUCGGCGCAUUAUCCAAUUGGGUCUUAAAUUCCAUGUCUCAAAUAUAUUUGGUUCUGAGUCUUCUGAGCCUGCUUUGGUUGAGAUCCGGAGCGACGUCGGUUUCUUCAGGGUCGCGCUCGAUCCUCAGAGCGAUCGAUGCCGAGAAAGGUGAUGUUCGCGAUUAUGCCGUCGAUUUGAACGUCACGAACUUCGAUGCGGUCCUCAGGGACACCCCUGCUACCUUUGCGGUUGUCGAAUUCUUCGCUCACUGGUGCCCUGCCUGCAGAAAUUAUAAGCCCCAUUAUGAAAAAGUUGCUAGGCUUUUUAAUGGACCUGAUGCAGUGCAUCCCGGAAUCAUAUUGAUGACUAGGGUAGACUGUGCAUCGAAGAUAAACACUAAACUUUGUGAUAAGUUUUCUGUUGGUCAUUAUCCAAUGCUCUUUUGGGGCCAUCCUCCUAAGUUCGUAUCGGGUGGUUGGGAACCUAAACAAGAGAAAAAUGAAUUACGUGUCAUUGAUGAUGGACGGACAGCUGAUAAAUUGCUUCAUUGGAUCAACAAGCAAAUAGGCAGCUCUUUUGGCUUGGAUGAUGAGAAAUUUGAAAAUGAGCAUCUUUCAUCAAAUGGCUCAGACCCUGGACAGAUUGCACGAGCUGUGUAUGAUGUUGAGGAGGCAACAUCAACAGCCUUUGACAUCAUCUUAGAACAAAAGAUGAUCAAAUCAGAAACCCGGGCUUCACUAAUAAAAUUCCUGCAACUUUUGGUGGCUCAUCAUCCUUCUAGGAGGUGUCGGAAGGGCAGUGCAGAGGUGCUUGUGAACUUUGAUGACUUAUGCCCAUCAGACAUGUGGUCAACUGAGAAGCAGGAAGAUAGUGAUGGAAAGAGCGCAUUGCGGAAUUUUCAGAUUUGUGGAAAAGAUGUUCCUCGAGGAUAUUGGAUGUUCUGUCGCGGUAGCAAGAAUGAUACUCGGGGCUUUAGUUGUGGAUUGUGGGUUCUGCUCCAUUCACUCUCUGUUAGAAUUGAGGAUGGAGAGAGCCAGUUUGCAUUUACAGCUAUAUGCGAAUUUGUGCACAACUUCUUCAUCUGUGAGGAAUGUCGCCAACAUUUUUAUGACAUGUGUUCAAGUGUCUCUAAUCCUUUCAACAAAACCCGUGACUUUGCUCUUUGGUUGUGGAGUGCGCACAAUAAGGUUAAUGAGAGAUUAAUCAAAGAAGAAGCAUCUUUAGGAACUGAGGAUCCUAAAUUUCCGAAGAUGAUUUGGCCUCCAAAGCAGCUUUGCUCUUCCUGUCAUCUCCGUCGUAGCCAGAGAAAUAACAGCAUCGAUUGGGACCAGGACGAGGUGUUCAAAUUUUUGUCUAAUUAUUAUGGGAAAACGCUAGUAUCUCUAUACAAGGACAAAAAAAUUCUUGGGAAAGAUGGGGCUGAUGUUGCUCUUGAAGAUUUGGUGGCCUCAACAAAUGCGCUUGUGGUGCCUGUGGGGGCUGCAUUGGCAAUUGCUGUUGCUAGCUGUGCAUUUGGAGCACUUGCUUGCUACUGGCGCUCACAGCAGAAGAGUCGGAAGUAUUUCCACCAACUACACUCUUUAAAGAACAUAUGAUAAUUAGGAGGGCCAAGGAGAAACUGGAACUAAGAUUCUUAAGGGGACAAAAUCAGACAGGCAAUAGGGUGCACAGCCGGAUGAAAUCAGGCUCUGAAUAGCAAAUCCAGAUCAAAGCCUUGUACCUGAAUGCACUGGUUGAGGUCCUCUUCUGUAUUCUCUUUCAAGCUUUUCUUUUUUAAUGUACAGAUUUUGGUACGAUAAUCUUAAUUUUGGGAGAGAAUCACCCUAGAUCCAUUUGCAUCUUUAUUGUCCUUUUUUUUUUUUUUUUUUUUUUUCAAAAAGUUUAUUUUUGUUCAUUACACGGAUUUAGUCAAGAAAGAUGAGAGAGUACUGUAUGGUGUUUUGAGAGUACAUCAUUGUUGUCCACGGCCCUUUGUAUGUUCUUUAAUUUGAAUUGGUGAUGAUGGGCAGCAACUCUGUAAAAUUUGACUUUGAGCAGUAUAUUAUUCCCACAGAUGAAAUGCAGUUCUUAGAUCUUGAA